CAGUACGAAAAGGGAAGCGAGUGUGAUGUUGAUCUGUAAUCCGUGACAACUGCAGCACUAUCAUGGCCUCGUAUAAAAUGUCCAUCGUCUGGGUUUGUUCUGCCGUUCUACUUAUUGGAUGGGUUCUCACACAGGAUCAAGCGCACGACUGGUCCACGAGUGAGAUAAGCCAAUCUUGUGACUGGACUUGCAUGCUCUUCACACUGCAGUGGCCUGGAAGCUUCUGUCUGAAUAUCGACAAGGAAAACAUUUGCAAGAUACCACAGAAUGUACAGGAGUGGACCAUCCAUGGCCUUUGGCCGCAGAAGGCUCAUAACUGCUGUCGCUGUUGGCCAAUAUUUCAGUCUCAUCUUCAGGAUCUGGAGCCAGAACUCUCUCAGCUUUGGCCUUCAUUUAUAAAAACAAGGAGCAACUUCACAUUCUGGAAAGAGGAAUGGUUUAAACACGGAACAUGUGCAGGCUGUGCGGAGAUCAUGAGUUCUCCGUUUCUCUACUUCAAGACAGUUCUCAAGCUCCGGCUGCUCUUCGAUAUUGAUAAUGCCUUGACAAAUGCAGGCAUUAAACCGUCCUGCAAUGUCUCCUAUAAGUAUGAUGACCUUCAUGGCGCACUGGAACCACUGCUUGGAGAUAACUUUGUGUUACAGUGUGUGAAGGAUGAGAAGGAAAGAGAGGCAUGGCUGCAGUUAAAGAUCAAGGUCUCUAAGAAUGGGACUCUUGGAUGCCAGAUGGGAGAGGAUCUCAACAGCAGCAGGGACAGGAACACUUCAUACGGAUACCCCUGCCCUACAAAUGCCACCAUCUCCUACUUCCCUAUCAACUAUGAGCAUCCAAAACAACCAUGUACCUGAACACAGCAUUAGUCUGUGCUCUCUCGGGUACCAACUAAGAGGAUUUCAUGCUCCCCUGUGUAAUCUGCUUAUAUGCUAGACUUAACAGUUGCUGCAAGCCACAAUUUAAGACUGUAUGGGAAGGAAUAGAGCAUGUUUUUAUCGUGACAGUAUAUAGGAUCAUGUUGAAAGACUGCUUAAAGUUCUUUUAUUUAUUGACAUGGAAUCCAUUUGCUGGAAAGCAAAACAUCAGUGAUUUAUCUAUAGCCACUAAAACACUGAAUAAAAAGCAAGCAAAAUCA